GAUAUUGUGCGUGCAAUACCUACACAUAUAAUGGAUACAUAUAGGCUAUAUAAUGGAUUAAUUGUAUCCUACAGUCAUGUUUACAACACUCAUAUAAGCGUUUGCUGAAGAGAAAAUAUAGCCUAUCUAUAGAUAUAAACAAAAAGAAUUCAAUUCGGCAGCUUCGCUUAUGUGUGUUCUCGGAGACAGAGACAAAAGCGCGCGCGCCGAUUGGCUGGUGCGAGCACGCGAAUGUUUCAUUCAUAUGCAAAUGAGCUACUAUAAAACCCUUACUCUAGCCUCACAUCGAUAAACUACCAGUGUCGUUUGAUUUGCACUCAAAACACAAUAAAGGAGAUCAAAUAUUGUAUCUUUAGGCUACUCUGCUUUAUUUUACGGACCGAGCGGUUCCGGACGGCGGAGCGCUGACCAAGCACCUGGUUGGAAUGGCCCCCGCGGCUAGACUCAGAAACGAUUUCGGGGUGGAGGAGGACGAAUUUUAUGCUACAAAAGGUGACAGAAAGACUCGAAAACCUAUAGUGGAGAAAAAGAGGCGAGCGCGCAUUAAUGAAAGCCUGCAGGAUCUCAGGACACUGCUCACAGAUAACGAUUUGCACACAAAGAUGGAGAACGCAGAGGUGCUUGAACUAACAGUGAAACGAGUCGAGAACAUCCUACAGAACCGUUCUCAGGAGGCUGAAGCUGUGAGUCAAGAGGCCAGUGAGAGAUUCGCAGCAGGUUACAUCCAGUGCAUGCAUGAGGUGCACACGUUUGUGUCCACAUGCCCGGGGAUCGAUGCCAUGGUGGCUGCAGAGCUGCUCAACCACCUGCUGGAGUGCAUGCCAUUAAAUGAGGAUCACCUUCAGGAGAUGAUCAUGGAUCUCAUUUCAGAGCCUUCCUCUUCCAGUGGAUCAUGGCCAGCCGGAGAGGCGCUGAGUCCAGGAGGCCGCAGUGUGUCCGACCUGUCCUCAGCAUUGUCCCCAUCCCCGUCCAACCCUUCCAGUGAGGAUCUGUGCUCCGACCUGGAGGAGACAGAGACCGAAGCAAGCUCAUCAUCAGCUGAGGACAGCCUGAACUCCUCCAUCAUCACACACUCUAAGUUUAUGUGGAGGCCAUGGUAGAAACACUUCUUGACAGACCAUAAAUCUAACUUCAUAAUCCACCUAAUCCUGUAUUGGAGCAUGCUGGAAUUCUUUUGUCAUGAUGCAGAUUCUCAUGAGGAAAUGGCUAGAGGUUUUUAUAGAGGAUUUAUACACCCAUGCAGGUUGAUAUGGCGGGAUAUGGAAUCAUACGGAACAGUUUGGAAUACAGGGCGAUAUUUUUUAUAGUUUUUCUUCAGAAACAAGAUGACUAUAAAAGCCUUUUUAGAAGUGUAUUUUUAGACUGAACUGCCUUAAGAACCGUAAUGACUUAUAUAGAGACAAAAUGAGAAAAUGCUUUGUUUUAGUAGGGAGAAAGAUUUGUUUUGUGUCUUUGUAGACCUAGUUAAAAACACUAAAAGUCACAUUGAGAGACUGUUGAGUAGAUUAAGUCUAUGGCCCUGUGCUGUAGUCAUACAGUAUGUUUCUAAUAUUGAUUAUAUACUUUAGGGAUUAUAAAUAUUAAAAAAUAUAAUUUAAUUGUACUUUUAAGUGUCAGUUUAUGGUUUGUAGAUCAUAGUAUUGCAGAACUGCGGUGUCCGGGUUAACCUGUUUAACUUUGUUGCUGUUCAGAUGUCUGUUCAAGUAUAGGCUAAAGAUGAGGGUAAGCCCCCCACCCCCCACUUAAAUUUUUCUCUUGACCUUAAACAUCAUACAUUUCAUCUGUUUAUGCUUAUGCUCUUAUGAAAAUAUCUAUUUUUUGUUAAUGGCUCUGUGAAUUUAUUUGAUUUGUAUAUUCAAAAUUUUCAUGUAAAUUUGUCAAGGUGUGGACACCUGUUCAUAUAGAUUUGUAAUAAAAAGUUAGGGUUAAGAUGCCCCCUCAGAAUUGUGGUAGAAGAUUCCCAGUUCCCAGGGAA